AUGUCCUUCUAUCUAUCUAUCUCAUUCUGUUCAUCUAUCCAUCUAUCUAUCUAUUUCAUUUUGUUCAUCAAUCCAACUAAAUAUACUUCGUCAAUCAAACAAACUUAUCGUCUUAAGAAGAGAACUUUUUUCACACUCUUAUCAAACUUUUUUCCUUAUUUCUUCGAUUUUCCAUUCGUUCUUCUCUUCUUUUAUGUUUUUUUCUUUUUCAUCUAUUUUUCUCUUCACUCAGCUUCUCUUUUUUACUUUUCUUUUUCUCUCUUUUUUUCUCUUGGUUCUGUCUAUUCUCUCUCUCGUUUUUUCCUUUUCUUUCUUUUUUUCUCUUCGUUCAUUCUAUCCUUUCUCUCUUUUUUCCUUUUCUUUCUUUUUUCUCAUCGUUCUGCCUUUACUUAUGACUUCGCUUCCUUCAUUUUUUUAAAAAAUUAUCUCUUCACUUCUUUUCUUUCUUUCCUUCAUCCUUUCGAAUAUCUUUCCUUUCAUUAUUCUUUCUUUCUUUCUUUUUUCGUUAUUUCUUUCUUUUUUUGUUCUAUCUUUCUCUCUUUUUCUUACUUACAAUUUUCCAUUCAUUUAUUUAAUCUUUUUUUCACUGACCCAUUCGUUCAAUAUUGUUUUAUAUUUCUUUCCUUCAUUCUUUUUUUCUCUUUUUUCUCUUCGUUCUGUCUAUUCUCUCUCUCUCUUUUUUUCCUUUUUUUUCUCUUUUUUCUCUUCGUUCUGUCUAUUCUCUCUCUCUUUUUUUUCCUUUUUCUCUUUUUCUCUUCGUUCUGUCUAUUCUCUCUCUCUCUUUUUUCCUUUUUUUUUUUUCUCUUCGUUCUGUCUAUUCUCUCUCUCUCUUUUUUUUUUUUUUUUUUUUUCUCUUCGUUCUGUCUAUUCUCUCUCUCUCUUUUGUUUUCCUUUUUUUCUUUUUUCUCUUCGUUCUGUCUAUUCUCUCUCUCUUUUUUUCCUUUUUCUCUUUUUCUCUUCGUUCUGUCUAUUCUCUCUCUCUUUUUUCCUUUUUUCUCUUUUUCUCUUCGUUCUGUCUAUUCUCUCUCUCUCUUUUUUUCCUUUUUUCUCUUUUUUCUCUUCUUUCUGUCUAUUCUCUCUCUCUCUUUUUUUUUUUUUUUUUUCUCUUUUUCUCUUCGUUCUGUCUAUUCUCUCUCUCUCUCUUUUUCCUUUUUUUCUCUUUCUCUUCGUUCUGUCUAUUCUCUCUCUCUCUCUUUUUUUUUUUUCUCUUUUUCUCUUCGUUCUGUCUAUUCUCUCUCUCUCUCUUUUUCCUUUUUUCUCUUUUUUCUCUUCGUUCUGUCUAUUCUCUCUCUCUCUUUUUUCCUUUUUUUCUUUUUCUCUUCGUUCUGUCUAUUCUCUCUCUCUUUUUUUUCCUUUUUUCUUUUUCUCUCUUCGUUCUGUCUAUUCUCUCUCUCUCUUUUUCUUUUUCUCUUUUUCGUUUCUCUUCUCUUCUUCUGUCUAUUCUUCUCUCUUCCUUUUUUCUCUUUUUUCUCUUCGUUCUGUCUAUUCUCUCUCUCUUUUUUUUCCUUUUUUCUCUCUUUCUCUUCUCUUCUGUCUAUUCUCUCUCUCUUUUUUCCUUUUUUUCUUUUUUUCUCUUCGUUCUGUCUAUUCUCUCUCUCUCUUUUUUCCUUUUUUCUCUUUUUUCUCUUCGUUCUGUCUAUUCUCUCUCUCUUUUUUUUUUUCUUUUUCUCUUUUUUUUCUUCUUCGUUCUGUCUAUUCUCUCUCUCUCUUUUUCCUUUUUUUUCUUUUUUUUUCUUCGUUCUGUCUAUUCUCUCUCUCUCUCUUUUUUUUUUUUUUCUCUUUUUUCUCUUCGUUCUGUCUAUUCUCUCUCUCUCUUUUUUUCCUUUUUUUCUCUUUUUUCUCUUCGUUCUGUCUAUUCUCUCUCUCUCUCUUUUUUUUCCUUUUUUCUCUUUUUUCUCUUCGUUCUGUCUAUUCUCUCUCUCUCUCUUUUUUUCCUUUUUUUCUCUUUUUUCUCUUCGUUCUGUCUAUUCUCUCUCUCUCUCUUUUUUUCCUUUUUUUCUCUUUUUUCUCUUCGUUCUGUCUAUUCUCUCUCUCUCUUUUUUUUUUUCUUUUUUCUCUUUUUUCUCUUCGUUCUGUCUCUCUCUCUUUUUUUCUUUUUUUCUCUUUUUUUUUCUCUUCGUUCUGUCUAUUCUCUCUCUCUCUUUUUUCCUUUUUUUUUUUUUUCUCUUCGUUCUGUCUAUUCUCUCUCUCUUUUUCCUUUUUUUUUCUCUUUUUUCUCUUCGUUCUGUCUAUUCUCUCUCUCUCUUUUUUUUUUUUUUUUUUUUUUCUCUUCGUUCUGUCUAUUCUCUCUCUCUCUUUUUUCCUUUUUUUCUUUUUUCUCUUCGUUCUGUCUAUUCUCUCUCUCUUUUUUUCCUUUUUUCUCUUUUUUCUCUUCGUUCUGUCUAUUCUCUCUCUCUCUUUUUUUCCUUUUUUUCUCUUUUUUCUCUUCGUUCUGUCUAUUCUCUCUCUCUCUUUUUUUCCUUUUUUCUCUUUUUUCUCUUCGUUCUGUCUAUUCUCUCUCUCUCUCUUUUUUUCCUUUUUUUCUCUUUUUUCUCUUCGUUCUGUCUAUUCUCUCUCUCUCUCUUUUUCCUUUUUUUUUUCCUCUUUUUCUCUUCGUUCUGUCUAUUCUCUCUCUCUCUCUUUUUCCUUUUUUUUUUUCUCUUUUUUCUCUUCGUUCUGUCUAUUCUCUCUCUCUCUUUUUUCCUUUUUUCUCUUUUUCUCUUCGUUCUGUCUAUUCUCUCUCUCUUUUUUUCCUUUUUUUCUUUUUUCUCUUCGUUCUGUCUAUUCUCUCUCUCUCUCUUUUUUCCUUUUUUUCUUUUUCUCUUCGUUCUGUCUAUUCUCUCUCUCUUUUUUUUCCUUUUUUUCUUUUUCUCUUCGUUCUGUCUAUUCUCUCUCUCUCUUUUUUUCCUUUUUCUCUUUUUUCUCUUCGUUCUGUCUAUUCUCUCUCUCUUUUUUUCCUUUUUUUCUCUUUUUUCUCUUCGUUCUGUCUAUUCUCUCUCUCUCUUUUUUUCCUUUUUUUCUUUUUUCUCUUCGUUCUGUCUAUUCUCUCUCUCUCUUUUUUCCUUUUUUUUAUCUUUUUUUCUCUUCGUUCUGUCUAUUCUCUCUCUCUUUUUUUUUUUUUUUUUCUUUUUUCUCUUCGUUCUGUCUAUUCUCUCUCUCUCUUUUUUUUUUUUUUUUUUUUUUCUCUUCGUUCUGUCUAUUCUCUCUCUCUCUUUCCUUUUUCUCUUUUUUCUUCUCUUCUGUCUAUUCUCUCUCUCUCUUUUUUUCCUUUUUUUCUCUUUUUUCUCUUCGUUCUGUCUAUUCUCUCUCUCUCUUUUUUUCCUUUUUUUCUCUUUUUUCUCUUCGUUCUGUCUAUUCUCUCUCUCUCUUUUUUUCCUUUUUUUCUCUUUUUUCUCUUCGUUCUGUCUAUUCUCUCUCUCUUUCCCUCAAGCUUUCUUCCAUUUAAUCAGUUAA